AUGGCAGAGUUAUCAAAUCAUUCGUAUCAUUACAAAAGCAGUAGCUUGAGUGUUUCUAGGGAAGAAGAGUGUAACACAACGAAGAAGAAAACACGAAGAAAAAGAAGAAGAUUAACUGGUGUAAGCAAACAAAGACGUGCUGCAAACGAAAGAGAAAGAAAAAGACUACAAAUCAUUAACUCUGCUUAUACAGACCUCAAAUCAGCUUUACCAUUGUUUCCCAAUGAAGAAAAUAUAUCAAAAAUUGAAAUCAUAAGAUUAGCGUCGAAAACGAUCAAGUAUCUUUCUGAAUUGUUGGAAGUUAACCCAUCGAGAAGCCCUGGUGGAAGCGAGUCCUCUGAAAUGUCAUCAGAAGGAUCUGUUAGUAGCAACUUUAGUGACCUAACUGACGUUGAGUCGACCCUUCUAGACCCUGCAUAUAAUGAUUUGUCGACAAUUCUUUUUCCUCCCGAAGAUUGUAAUAUUACAGAGCUUGAUUUAAGUGACAGUUCGUUAUCAUUGGGGCCACCAGCUGAAGGAUUUAACGGGUUGGAUAUAAACUUCUUUCUAAACGAGAUUGGCGUGACUAAUACGAACAUAACCAGUGGAGACUGA